AUGUCUCAUGCUGGUCUUCCAGUAACACUGAAUAAAGAUGAAAAUCCAGCUGUUGUUCGGUGUUUAAUGAGAAAACAAUUAGUAAAUCGUAGUUCAUCAGCUAGUCGAUCACAAUCUCCCAGUGGUCAUCGUUCUCAUACUCUUCCACGUCCUCAAAUGAGCCUACAUCAAGUACGUUCAUCACCUCUAUUAGCAAUGGCAACUUCAGCAUUCAAUCUUGCUCCAUCCGAUAAUAUGAUGAUAACUAAUCAAUCGAAUACAUCUCUAGCACAUGAUUUUCAUUCUGUUGAAUUAUGUUUUCGACAUAAUCCAGUGUCUGUUUCAGCAUCUGAAAUUGGUUUUGCUCGUGCAUUUGUUCGUUUGACACUUGAACGUCGUCUUUUAUCUGAAUUAUUUUCUUAUAGUGAUCUUUUACAAGCUUUAUAUAAACGUGAAGCUUUUUUACAUAUUGAUAUUAUUUAUCAUGUUAUUAUUGUUCCUACCAGAGCACGAGCAACAAGAAUUUCUAGUACAACAACUGCUAAUCCAUAUAUUGCGUUAGCUGGUAUUUUGGGAUCAACAAAACACAAAAAUUUGGGUCAAUUAACAACACUUCGAAUAGGUCAUGAUAAUACUGGUUUAAUGCCUCGAUGGAAUAUUGAUCAUAUUGUUGUUCGAAAUCAAUUAACAAACAAUGUUUAUCGAUUUCCAUGUGGACAAUGGUUAGGUAAAAGUAUUGAUGAUGAUAGUUUAGAGCGACUUCUUUUUAUUGAUUCGACAUAUUCAUGUGAAAUGAAUGAUAAUAAUACUAAUAGUUUAUUCGAUUCUGGUUCACCAUCUCAAUUAAUGACAACAAGUUUCAUAAGUGGUGGAUCUCAAGCAAAUUUAUCAUCUUCUGUACGAUCACGAUCACCUAGUUUACGACGUGUCAAUGAUCAAAAUUUUGUCUUCAGUUGGCUCACGGAAAAAUUUUAUCGUCAAAAUCAAUCAAAUCAACAAGCUGGUGAUAUUUAUGAAUUGUUAGGUCGAUCAAUUAAUCAAUUAGUUAAAUAUUUUGAUGAACCUGAAAAAAAAAGAUUAAUAACACCAAUUUUAUGUGGUGAAGAUGGUCUUGUUAAUGCAUUAGAAAAAACUCUUUCCUAUGGUUUAAUAAAAAAUCAACUGUUUCAAUUAUUAAGUCAAUGCAGUGAUGCAUGUCUACAACAAUUCUAUGAUCCAUUAAAUAAUUGUUUCCGACAAGAGAAACUUAAUCAAUUUAUUAUCAAUAUUUUAGAGUCUGUUAAAGAUUUUGAUUUCGCUCAUUUGGAACCGGCAUUACUCAAAGGACUUACUGGCGUUUAA